GGGGCGCUGAAAAGUCAGGAGAGGCUCAGAUCUUCUUUCCCAUGGAUUCCUGCCUUUCCCGAAACCCUGCCAGCAAAUAAGUAUGGGAGGGUUUAUUUUGGAGACACAACUGACCCCUGCCAAAAAAUAAAGCACAAGAAGAGGAAAAGACAGGCUGGAAGACAAGGAAGCUGCGAGGAUCCGCUCGCGGAGGAAAGUGCGGUUUGGGUUCGGGCUGCGGGGCUCCAUUCCCCUGACUUCAGCACCGGAGGGGAUGGACAGCGCCCCUGGGCCCGGCUGCAGCCACAGGGACCAAACUGCGCUGCCGCCCCCGCCGCUACUGUCCUUGCUGCCACUGUCGUCGCCACGGGCAGCUGAGCACCCGGCGACUCGCAGCUAAAAGGCGGUGCCUGCUAAUAGCCCCUGCUGCCCUGUCCCCUUCCUUGAUGGACGGUAAAUAACCCUCCCCAUCCUGCUACACCUAGGUACAGGGCUCUGAGUGCACUUGCUCCAGUUAAACUCUUAACAGCAACUUCAGGAAUAAUCUUUCUAUAGGGGCUGGGAGGCAUGCAGGCAGGAGAGCCAAGUGGAAGUUCUUACAAGCGCUGAGAGCCAUGGGCUCUGCAGCAGGGACUGAAGCACUCAAAGGCCCACGUUCUUGAAACAAGCAGAAUGUUCCGGACUGGAUGGCAAGUAUUUUGGAAAUAGCUUUGUGAGAAGAAGCAGGAGAUCUCCUCAAAGCCGGAAAGACUUCUUUCCUCUACUUGUCAGCGUGGUGAAUUCUGUGCACCCCUAGAAGCUCUAUUUGGAUCGAGAAGACAGUUGGGUGUAGUUGUGCUGGUUAUUGUUGUAUGCUUAAUCGUCAUGGGACUUUAGCCCUCAGACAAACAGUUUUCCUUUCGACUGCUUUCCAGAAUGUUAAGAUUGCCAGAGAAGUGAUUGCAGCAAAGGGAAAUAUUGUUGUACCUAAAUUCAGUUGUUUGAAUCCAUGGCACCAGAACAUAUGGACCCAGUAGGCAGACUCUAUUCUUGAGUUUCAAAGGAUUCUUCUUUUGCAACUUAUGCUGAAAUCAUUUUAAGAUCACUUCCUUUGAGGUGCCAUAGCACAUGGAUUUCAGAACCGCCUGUGAGGAGACAAAGACAGGGAUUUGUUUGCUGCAGGAUGGUAAUCAGGAGCCUUUCAAAGUCCGGCUGCACCUAGCCAAAGACAUUCUGAUCAUCCAGGAGCAGGAUGUGAUAUGCGUGUCUGGUGAGCCUUUCUAUUCUGGUGAAAGAACGGUGACCAUCAGAAGACAAACUGUAGGCGGAUUUGGAUUAAGCAUAAAGGGAGGAGCAGAGCAUAACAUUCCAGUUGUCGUUUCAAAAAUCUCCAAAGAACAAAGAGCGGAACUUUCGGGGCUACUGUUUAUCGGAGAUGCAAUUUUGCAGAUAAAUGGAAUUAAUGUCAGAAAAUGCAGGCAUGAAGAAGUGGUGCAGGUUCUUCGGAACGCUGGGGAAGAAGUGACCUUAACAGUCUCGUUUUUGAAGAGAGCCCCCGCUUUCCUCAAACUCCCAUUGAAUGAAGACUGCGCAUGUGCACCCAGUGACCAGAGCAGUGGCACCUCCUCGCCUCUUUGCGACAGUGGCUUGCAUCUCAACUAUCAUCCCAACAACACGGACUCGCUGUCCUGCUCAUCCUGGCCGACCUCCCCUGGCCUGCGGUGGGAGAAGCGGUGGUGCGACCUCAGGCUCAUCCCGCUGCUGCACUCGCGCUUCUCCCAGUACGUGCCCGGGACGGACCUGAGCCGGCAGAAUGCUUUCCAAGUCAUUGCCGUGGAUGGAGUCUGCACUGGGAUUAUUCACUGCCUCUCCGCUGAAGACUCUGCUGACUGGCUACAAGCAAUAGCAACUAAUAUUUCAAACCUCACAAAGCACAAUAUUAAAAAGAUCAACAGAAACUUUCCUGUAAACCAGCAGAUAGUGUACAUGGGCUGGUGCGAGGCGCGAGAGCAGGACCCCCUUCAAGAUCGAGUGUAUACUCCUACGUUUCUAGCCCUGAGAGGCUCAUGUCUUUACAAGUUCCUGGCACCUCCAGUGACCACCUGGGACUGGACCCGAGCAGAGAAAACAUUCUCAGUUUAUGAGAUUAUGUGCAAGAUUCUCAAGGACAGUGACCUGCUGGACCGGCGGAAACAUUGCUUCACCGUACAGUCCGAAUCUGGGGAGGACCUCUACUUCUCGGUGGAGUUGGAGAGUGACCUCGCCCAGUGGGAAAGAGCAUUCCAAACAGCCACUUUUCUAGAAGUGGAGCGGAUACAGUGCAAGACAUACGCGUGUGUACUGGACAGUCAUCUAAUGGGCCUCACGAUUGACUUCAGCACAGGAUUUAUCUGCUUCGACGCUGCAACAAAGGCUGUACUGUGGAGGUAUAAAUUUUCUCAGCUUAAGGGUUCUUCAGAUGAUGGCAAGAGCAAAAUCAAAUUUUUGUUUCAGAAUCCAGAUACUAAACAGAUUGAAGCAAAGGAGUUGGAAUUUUCAAAUUUAUUUGCUGUUCUUCACUGUAUCCAUUCAUUCUUUGCUGCCAAAGUGGCCUGUUUGGACCCUCUGUUCUUAGGGAAUCAGGCUGCUGCUUCUGCUGCUGCCAGCUCUUCUACCACAAGCAAAGCAAAGUAUGCUACUUGAUAUCCUCAGUCCUGCAGUGACACUUACCGUGACUAAAUAAACAGAAUAAAUAUUAUUAGUCCUUUUACACUCUGGAGAAGCCACAAUAUCCACAAGUCACCAGUGGAGUCAGAAUGAAAUUUCAGCAGAAAAAAAGAUCAUGAGGAAACUUAUACACAUUCCCAAACCAGGAAGCAUCUGUAAAUUAUUCGAAGUGGAGACAAGAGCCUAUUCUCCUUUAGUUAACUUGCAUUUACACACUGCUUUCACCAAAGGUGGAGACAAAAGAAUGAAUGGAAUGAAGAAUUCUGUAAAUAAUAUAAAAAUUGUAAGCUACCUAUAAAUAAAAAUGCCAAUCAAAUGGUUAUUUCUGUAUUUUAGAUUAUUUUGUAUGACAAAUACAUAUUGGGCCAGAUCAUGAACUAAUGCCCUCUCAUUGAUUGUAUUAUGAGUGUAAAGAGAUAAAAAACAAAAUGACAGCAAGGAGCAUGCAAAAAUUCUCAUCCAAAGGAAGCACUUUAAUUUGCUGAUGUAAAUUUUUCCUUGUAUUCUUAAUCCACACUGGCAUUCUAAUUUUGCUUAUCUGACUGUGAAGUAUUUUAGGAACUGCAUAAAAAUAGUCAUUCUGCUCUAUGACAGACACAGUAAAAACUAGACUACUUCUCCCAAACACACGAGUAAUGUGUUAAUUAUGAAUGGUGGAAAUAUUUACGAAUCUCUUGUUCCUUCCUUCAUUUUAAACAGAUUUAUAUUUUACCUAAUUAAAUUUAUUAUCAUGUUAAAGUUUCAUAGAUUUUCAGUGACCCUAAAAAUCUUUUAUAAAGUACUGUCAACAAAUAUCAUUGUAAGAAAAAAUUUGUAACCCUAUCUCUACUAAUUAAUCAUGAACUGAAAUGGCCCUACCAAGCAGUCUCAUAGCUAUAUUGAUGUUAGAAAAUAAUAGUUUUCCAUUCGAGUAAUGUCUUAUUAGAAGUUAAGGUAAGAUUUGAGAAGAAAAGUUAAGAGCUGAAUCAUUUAUUUUUAUUUGUUUGGUUUUUUUUUUCCAGUACCAGGAAUCAAACUCAGGACCUUGCACUUGCCAGGCAGGUGCUGUGCCACUGAGCUAAAUCCACAGCCCUGAAAAGCUGAAUCUUACCAUGUCAUAAAAAAUGAUUAAGCAAUGACAACCUAGGUAUUUUAUUUUAGAAUUAUAAAUGUGAAGAAACUGCAGAUUUGCAAGUCUUAGAGGUAUGCACCUACAUUUAGGAGUCAGGGUCUUAUAUCAUUAGUUGUGUGAAGUGGGUAAACUUCCAUAUCACUAAAGCUUUUUUGACAUCUGCUUUUAAAUAACCAGCUGUUUAUUCAAAUACUUAAAAAUUUCACUUUUUAAAACUGACUCACAUAUUCCCAUCUAAACCAAACACUAGAUAUAUUUUUGUGAAGAUGAGCAAAUAUCUAAUAAAAAUUGUUCAAUUUCCUU